AUGGCCGGAAGAAAGGAUCAUCAAGAUCAUCUUCAAUUUGAACAUCAGUCAAUUGAUCAAUUUGACCGCAACGGAUCCAUCAAGUACCAGUCAGAUUUCCGUGAAGACGCUAUUUGCGCUACGAUCAGAAGGGCUUUUAUUCCCUAUUUUGACAUCAAUUUUACCCAAUUUUACCCACUUUACGAACAGCGCAAUGUCCGCCCAAAAUGCCGCAUCUGCCGACCAAAGGACCUUCGGACAUUUGAAGAUUGGGCAGAUUGGGACAGGGCUUUCCGGAUUAAGGCACAUUCGGCCGAUAUCUGGGCCCUGAUCAACCCGGAUCGGGAUGAUCAGCCCUUAGAAGAGCCGGUCACACCGACCUUCAGCAGCUAUUUCCGCCGAAUCCCUGCACAGCAGAUCGGGCCCGGUUUACCCCGAGAGACCGGACAGUCUUCUAGUCAGACCCUUCCUUUGAUCCCGAUUUUCAUCCCCGAAUCUAAAGAUCCGAUCGAGAGGGCCCGAUCUAUCAAAGAAUUGACGGCUGAAGACAGGGCUGCCUACCAAUCUGACCGUGAGGACUACGAUCAAGACUACAGGAAGUUCGUACACCAACAUCAAUGGAUUGAUAAGAUCAAAACAUGGGUCCUAGACACUGUAGCCAAGGGACUAUUAGCUAGUUUCUGCGAUCCUGAACAGGACUUAAGGAAUUGGUAUACCAACCUCAAGAAUAACGUUGGGGCCUCAACGACUGAGGAGCAAAACGAGGCCUCGACUCAAGAUCAGAAGAUCCUAUCUGCUAUGGCUAGGGCUUCUAAGGAUAGCAUUGGGGCCUCAACGACUGCGCAGCAAAACGAGGCUCUAGCCAAAUAUCAGCAGAUCCUAUCCGCUGUACCUAAGGCUCCUAAGGAAUUCCCUAACUGGCUAACGGAUUGGGAGCAAGCUACACACCAAGCCCGGACAAGAGGGAUCGGAGGCCUAGACAACCCAAAUGUGUGGUUCAGCGACCUAUGUCAAUCUAUUGAGCCAGUCCUGACAAGUUGGGUCUCGAAUUUUCAAGGGAUUUAUCAAGAGAAGUUAGAAGACAAAUCCCUAGCGAUCCGGACCGUGGCCAAGACCCUACGCAUAGAGGUCAGCCGGCGAGGCUUCCAGAAGCCGGUUAAGGCCCUAGGCCGAGUUAAUAGAGGGACUUUUGGCCCGACCUACAAUCAGUAUCCUGAUCAAGCUGCCCAGCCGAAUCAGGAACAGGAUCCCGAUAAGAAAGGUCAGCUAGCCAGAUCGGCAGGGCCCCGCCGGCCGAAACGGAACAGGAAGCGCAAGUCCGAUCAACCGGGUCCCGAGGCAAAGAAGGCUAAGUCUAAGGAUGGCCUGGAUCAAGGAAAGGCCAGUCUGAUCUGUGAGGCCUGUGACGGCAAAUGGCAUACCUGGGUGACAUGCUACUACAUCUUUCAAACUACGGCCCCAGCCUGGUUCAAAUUCAGACCUCUCAUCCAAGACCGUGUUAAAUACCGACUUUCCUUUCAAGAAUGGAAGGACCGGCUCAAGAACCUUAAGGGCGGAUCAGCUAGGUCAGAUUGA